CGGUGUUUUACGAUGAGCUUCGACAUUUUCUCUGACCACCGUUUCUAAGAUGGCUAGCGAAAUAACCGAACUCACCGUGUCUCCAAACUUAGCUGGUGUUCCGCACGUUGAUUUUGUGGAAGAUGUGGAUCAAUUUAUGAAAAGUCCGGACAAUGAUUCUGCAGAGACUGUUUUAAAAAGACAAGAAGAACUCCACAACAAAUUCAAAUUUAUGGAAUAUAACCUGAAUAUGAAAAAAUCUAGAUUAAAAAAUCAGAUACCUGAUAUUAAAAGUUCUUUAGAUAUUGUCAAGCAUUUGAUGGUGAAAAAGGAUAAUACAGAGCCCAUGUCAACCAGGUUUUUACUCUCAGAUAAUGUUUAUGCAAAAGCAACAAUACCACCAACAGAGAAAGUUUGUUUGUGGCUGGGUGCUAAUGUUAUGCUAGAGUAUGACAUCAAUGAAGCAGACGAUGUGCUGAUGAAAAACCUGGACGCUGCUAAAAAGUCCUUGGGUCAAGUGGAAGAUGACCUGCUGUACAUCCGUGAUCAAAUGACUACACUAGAAGUCAACAUGGCCAGAGUUUACAACUGGGAUGUGAAGCGUCGUCAGUCAGAGAAAACAUCCAAACCCUAGCCAAGGCAUGCAAUAUGUACCAGACAGUCAUUUGAUCAGCCCUCCCUAUAUGACUUAACUUCACCAUUGAAUAGAAUUAAAAGUGCUUGAUUUUUA